GUUAGUAAGAAAACUUCUUUCAACCGGCGAACAUCUGUGUCGUGUCCAACUGUGUGUUUUGUUGUUUUAUUUGACGUCAGAUUACAUGUAGCAUUGUCGUUAAAACAGAAGGUGAAUUUAGUGUUCGAAUAGAAUUUAGUACGCAAACAAUAUCCGUACUUUAAGUAGAGUGAAAAACAGCGAAAAUGAUGACAAUAAGUGAAAGUCAGUUCUCCUCAAACAAAAUGUCGAGUAUUCACAAGAUUAAUGACCGGGUGGUUCACAAGGAUGCAUUCGAUGACGUCAACACUUCAUCAAGUGUGAACAGCACACUCAUCACCAAGCGGGGUUUCAAGCCUUCGGAUAUGUUCGAUCCUAAAAAAAAGGAAUUCCUUACAAACCUCAGUUAUAAAUUGUUCCCUGUAAGUUGGAAUGAUGCUGAGCUUCAGGACCUCGUCCUACCUGAAGAACCUCUCGACGAUUUGGAGAACAAACCAAUAAUUGUUGGUGACAAGGAGGUGGAUCUGAACAAGAUAUUCACACCAGCGCCAGAUGCUGAGGAGCAUAUCAUCAAGAAAGACCGGAAAUUCGAAAAGACAUUCGCCUCUUCAGCGUUCUACGUGCCUGGUGUGCAUCCAACAGUGAAGCAGCAAAUGGACUUGGCGCGAGCGAUAUCCAAGUCGCUCUCUGACUCCAGCAACCAGAUGUCCAAGGGCCAGAGUAUGUACGUCAACAGGAAGAAACGUUCAGUUAAAUGGGUUCAUGAAGGAAGAGGGAGAAAUACUUCAAACACGAGCACAGCACCAACACCGGUCGCCAACCAUGACACUCCGUACAGGCCGCCAUCUAACGCCCGAAACCAGAAAACGUACCCAAAAUCGGCGCUCAAACAUACUUCCAAUAUUCCCAAAAUGGAACCGUUCCCGAUUUCACCACCAAUGUACAAUCUAAAAGACUUAGAUAUUCCUGUUACGCUUGCACCAACUAAACUGAAUGAUGUGUACGCUUCGCCAAAAAGCCCACAUUUACCUUUAGUUUCUGGUCCUAAUUUCAACGUAGCGCCUCGCGGUUGGGGUGAAAUGCAAAAUUAUUACCGACCCGUCGCACUAGAUGGCGUUGGACAAGUAACGCGUGGGUACACAGAUUAUUAAUGUUAACAUUUCGCUCUAGAGGAAAUUGGUUGAAAUUUUGUGAAGGAUGCUGGCUCUAAAAAGUCACAAUAUUGGCGAUAAGGAAACAAAGAUAAAAAUAUUAAUUAUUAUUAAGUAUAUUUUAUAACAUUAAUCUGUUAGUCUUUACAACUAGUCAUAUUUUAUUAAAUUUGUUAUUUAUUUUAUGUUUGUUUUGUUAAAUAGGCAACAAUAUAAUGUAAAAAGCGAUAAUCAGCUGAAUAUUGCGUUUCAUAAAUGACCACGACAAAAAUAUAUCAAAUAAUUGUUCAUUACAAUUUAUUGUCAACAAUGUUUAUUGUUAACUUUUGUUUAAGUUAAUGCAAUUUUUUUGAUAAAUACAAAUUCUCGAACCUUUAUAUUAUGUCCAAUAUUGGAAUAUUGUAAAACCUUUUCGUCUCUACAUAAAAAAACAGUCAGGGACUGUCAGAAAUUUCAUCUUAAUUUGGUAUACCUACAUAUUUUUAGUCUUAAGUUAACUACUUAAUGUUAUACCUAUUACUUUUGCAAUGUCUUGAUAUUGUGAUUAAUAGUUAUUUAUGCAACUGUUGUGUAAUAACACGAAUGUGUAUUUACAUUCGUGUUUUAAUACCAAAUUAUCAACAGUUGCAUACAAGACUUUAUCUACACCCAGAAUAUGAAUCCUCUAAAAGCUUACUGCUAACACUAAAAUACCAGUCCUCGUAGUAACCUAAUAUCAUUCCUUACUGAUUAUAAAUACAUAUAAACUAAGUAUUGAAACAAUUAUUUAUUUUAGUAGUAAUUUACAUUUUGUAUAGUGUAAUAAUUAAAAUUCACUCGAAUAUAAUGCCCUUUUGCAGCGUUUAAAAUGAAUCGCUCAUUUUUUGUAAACAAAACAAUAAAAAUAUCGAAGCAAAAUGGCGGGGAUUCGAAUAACCUACUUUGUUUUACGGCGCGCGACGUUCUGGUAGUGUGGAACGCGCGUAAACGAAAAUGUUCUUUUUUUGAAAUUCAUACAGAUACCACGCAUCGAGCAAUAAGAAUGUGGCUGUCUGUUGAAACUCUUUGCGCAUGAAGGGAUCGAAAAAGAAAAACAUAGAAGUGUUGUUAUGAAAUUCAAUACAACAUUACAAUACUCGUUUGGAUGAUGUAAUGGUUAUUAGAACAUAGGGUGUUUUAAUGUUGGCAAUAAGCUGUUUCAGAAUCUUUAAUAGAGGAUUUAAAGCAUGGGUGUUGAUAAAGUAAAUAAGAAUACGUUCCUUUAAUGAUGAAUGUCCGCCAUUUCAAAAAUUUUAUUUUUACGAUUGCUAGUAAGUCCAAUAAUAUAAAUAACGAUAAUUUAUACGUCUAGAUAGAGUCUCUUGCUAUUAGACAACCGAUAAAAAAAGGCCAGGAAUAAUACUUUAGUAUGCGUAACAAGCUACGCCUUACACUCACGAUUUGUAUGACACUUUAUUGUGCGUGAAUUGUUCAAAAUAGAGGUUAUUUCUAAAUCAAAUUUUUUUCGACGUUUUCACAGCUGUCAUAGUCUAUCUAGACGUCUAUCUAAGAGUUAGUUAAUGUAUCUACAGAAAUUCCAAUAACUAAGUAUCGCAGAGGUAUACAUCCGAAUUUGAAAUGUUAUUCUAGUAUUAAAUGGCUAUUUAAACGUAGAAAGAACCUGAAGAAAAUCUUUUUAACUAUCAGUAAUAAUUCAUGGCAUGAGACAUUGUUUAUAAAUCAUACAAAAUGCCCCAUCAAUCCCAUUCAUACAAGCUCUCUUGCUCUCCCUUUUCCCGUAGAAUAUUAUCUUGAUUAUAUUAUUAUCAACGGGUUCGUCCUGAUCCACUUUUCCUGCCAUAUCCAAUUACAAUAUUUUACAUUGAUUUUUUUUACAUACAUAUAAGUUGGUAUGUCGCUAUUGUAAGACGUGCAUCACAUAGAGUUAGAAUAUACUAGUGUAUAUAGUAUCUGAAAGCCCGAUAAUGCUUGACCAAUUUUGUUUUGAUACUAAGGAGCUAAUGCAAAGCGUGGCUGACUGUUUACGACUAAGUCGGCAAGUUUUGCCAUUCGAAAUCCGUUACAGAUAAUUUAUACGAGUUUCUUGAAAUCUUUUGUAAUGUCAAAAUUAUUUUCAAGAGAUCGUUAUUAGAUAAAGGAUUACGUAAUAUUUCUGAAUAAUUCCCAUUAAGUAUUAAAUUCUUUGGUCUAAACAUUGACCGGUCCUCAUAAAUCUAUCGAAAAAAAUAUUUAGAUAUCUAAUAUAUUAAUGAUACCUUGUAUUCAUGAUAAAAUAAGAGAUUUCAUUUCAAUCAGAUUCAAUUUAACUAGCUCCUUAGCUUAAUCUUGCACUGUCUUACAUAAGUUACUCCAAGUUUAAAAUUACUUCUGCCUGUAAUUCUGUCCCUCCCUCGUGUAGUUCUGUAGGGGCAAAGGUAAGAUAAUGACAAAAAGUUUUAAAUUUGGAAUAACUUAACUUAGCGUUUAAUAAUACUCCGGUACAGUUUACGACUUAGGAUGAGUUAUAGGUAUAUCGUCCUUAGAUUGUGCUCAGGCUGUACUUAAGUAAAACUGAGCUAAGUAUAAGCUUGGCAUAAUCUUUGAUUUUGUUUUUAUAGUCAUUUGACAGCUGAAAUUAUGCUUAGCCAAAUGCAAAAGUCAAGUUCGCGUUUUAUCACGCUCAGCUAAGUUAUACGUAAGUAAAGUCUGAGCAAAUUCGAAGUCGCAUCUCCGCCUUAGACAUACAUAAAUACACAUAUUAAUCAGCAAUUUUUUUGUACCUACCAGGAUUCGAACCUUACUUACAAGUCAGUUUACCUUUAAUCUAUGUGGUCGUACUAUAUUGAGACAUUGCAUUAGUCUUGGUACUUAUAUUAUUAAUACAUGUACCAAUGAAUGUUACGAACCUAUAUUUUCUAAGUAUUUUUAAAGGCAGAAUUAUAAUAAAAUGAGAGAUGAUA